AUGGCAAUAAAGUGCUUAUUUGUGAUCGGAAAUCAUCGGUUAUUUUCGGAUGGAACUCGUGAUUCUACGAGGGAUUCCGGUUUGCAAGAAGAAAGUACAUUAUAUAAAGAUAUUGUGCAAAUUGACUAUAUCGACUCAUAUGGAAAUUUAUCAUACAAAACUGUGUUCAGUAUAUCAUGGGCCGUGAGAUAUUGCUCGUCAGCUAAGAACGUUAUGAAGACAGACACCGACAUGUAUGUAAAUACAUAUCUACUCCCCUUUCUCACAAAAAAAGCGCCAACUAAGUUAAUAGAUAGAAAUUCUAAAUGGUACGUGUCGUUUAAAGGCUAUAAGGAGAACAAAUUUCCUCCAAUGUGUUCAGGAACUGGAUAUAUUAUAAGUAUGGACUUAGUCCUGACUAUUUUACAGACGUCUAAGUAUAUUCCAUUCCUUCAUCUAGAGGACGUGUACAUUGCAAGGUGCUUGAAAAAAAUGCGUGUUACACCAACCUAUUUACUUGGUUUUAACAAUAUGAAACCAGGCUUCAAUCCAUGUUCUUAUAAGAAUGAUAUCAUUACAUCACAUGAUGUAAAGCCAAAAGAACUGGAUAUUUAUUGGAAUCAGAUUAAAUCGUUUAGUGUUUCGGUAAUACCAGAAAAUGUAUACAAACCACGCCCAUUGCUGAGAGUUCAUUGA